CCUCCUAAACAUGUACAUACUUUAUACCAAUUGCUGUAAUAGUGGUCUUGAAAGUAUUAUUAUUGAAUUUAUAAAGCAUGUUAAAAUUCCGACCUUUCCUUUCAAGUUCACUGUUACCUUGGUUUGUCCCACAGCACCAACAGCAGGUGGUCCAGGCCAUGGAGCGCGCCAAGCAGGUGACUAUGGGGGAGUUAAAUGCGUCUAUAGGGGUACGUGGACUCCCCCCUCUACCUCAUACAGUGUGUACCUUCAUCCUCUCAUACGUCUUUAUUUUGGCUCUUUUGUUUGUGUUUUCUGUGGAUAGCCAAUUCCCCCUCCUCCCAGCACACACACACACACACACAAAUUGGUCACGUAGUGCGGGCCUAACUGGAACAGGUUGAGAUGAGACUGUUAGGAAACGGAGAGAGAGAAGAGAAGGAGAGAUGAAAGAUGACACUAUCUGUGUGUCUGCACAACCCUAUUGCUGGGUGCCAAGAGACAACUCAUGGCCUCAUCAAACCAGAGGAAUUAAGUUUCUUCCCCUCCCCCCUAAUCGUAUUUCAGUGUUAUCUGAAAAAGUCAAUUAUUUUGUAUUAAAUGAAAAACGAAAAAUAAUACAAUUAUGGUUUUCUUGCCUUCACAUCAUUCCAACCAUGCACUCCAUGGUUUGAUUUUGUGGCAGUCUUCUCUCUCCUAGGGAGGCGCUCCUUCCCUCCACUCGCGCUCCAUUUUGGAUGGCACCAUGCAUGGGCUCCUCCAUCAAUGGAGACACCCUUCUCUGUGACACCCCUCUCUGUAUACCUCUCCCUUCAGCCCCCCCCCAUCCGUCCGUCCGUCCAGUCCACCUCUAACCCAGUAGACCACAACUCAACCCCUGACUUGUUUUCUCUCUCUCCUCUCUCCUCCCUCCAGCAACAGCUGCAGGCGCAGCACCUCUCUCAGCACGUGGCCCAGGGUCUGCAGGGCCUGCAGGGUCUCCAGGGUCUGCAGGGCCUGCAGGGCCUGCAAAUGGGGCCCCACCCUGGGGGCCUCCCUCACCCUGGCCUGGCGCUGGGCGGAGGGUCCGGCCUGCUGGCCCUGUCCGGGGCCCUAGGGGCCCAGCUGGCUGCCAAAGAGGGCCACGAGAGGGCCCACAUGGAGGCUGCCGCUGCUGCAGCCGCCGCAGAGCACCACAGAGGUAUGGGCUGGGACGGGGAUGAUGGGAGAAGGGAGAUUAGGUUGGCCAGGUUUGGGUUAGGCUGGAUGGGGAGAGUUGGUUUAGGUUUUGGUUGGGAUUAGAGUAGUUGUGGUUGGUCUAUGUGAGGUUGGGAUGGGCUGAGGCAUGUUUUUAGCUGUGUGUUUGUGAGAAUGGUGAUAGUCAUGCUGUAUUGUGUUUGCUCUGUUUUGGCUGGCUGCGGGGACGCGGGGCGAUGCUGUCCAUCAUGGACGUAGACCGUGAGGCUGGACCGGUGAGUACACUAUACUCCCAAGUUCCCUACACCCAAGUACACUACAACAUAGUACAGUACACCAUACUACACCUCCAUCCUCUAGCCCCCUCACGGGCACUGAACCCCAGUCGAUGCGGUGUGAUUUUUCCAUCACAUUUAGUCGGGGUGGUUAUGAAGUUGAUAUGAUUUAUACCUCAUUAUCUCUUCCUCCUCCUUCCUUUCCCCCCUCCGUCCCCUCAGAGCUCUAUGUCCAACGGGGAUAAGGGUCGUUCAGCAGACUACCUCAGCAAUGGGAAGAAGAGGAAAGCUGACGAGAAGGAGUUCAUGACAGAUUAUGUUAGUAUGCUACCAUGCUGAGUUGAUUACCAAUUGUUUGUGUCAUAUUCAUUCAGUAAUUUGUUAAUUUGUGUGUGUGCGCAGGCAUGUACACAGGUGUGUGUGUGGUGUUCUAUUUUUAACUAAAACCCACAUUUUGAUUGCAGGGCAGUGAUGCGGAUAAGAGUGAUGAUAAUUUGGUGGUGGAUGAGGUGAGUUGGCCCAUCUCUGCGCCUCAGUCCACACCCAAAUUUACUCUGAUAAUUGACUGAUUCAGAUUGAUGAGAGAAACACUGUGGGGCUGGUGCACUAACCACCCCUCUCUGUGACCCCGCAGGACCCCUCGUCCCCCCGCAGUGUGCACUCCUACUCGUCCAGAGAAAACGGCCUGGACAAACUGCCCCCCUCCCGUAAAGACGCCCCUCCCCAGGCCAGCCCCGCCUCCCUGGCCUCCUCCAGCAGCCAAGCCUCCCCCUCCCGCAGCAAGGAUCGGGAGCCGCCGGUAUGCUCAGGAUCAGUCCAUUACAUACAUUUAUUGUGAGACACACACACAGUUUCAUACAGUUAUGCUCGGGGUCAGAUGAGUGAUUGUAUGUAUGGUGAGAGACACUUAGUUCCAGUGAUGAUCUUUCGAUUCAGCUUCACGCGCAGUGUCAAGGAUGCUCACGGUCCCAUGUGAGCCUUACUGAGCCUUACUGAAUUACUGCAUUUCUACACACCCACAUAUCUCCUUUGGCAUGAUCUUUCUUCAGCAUAGAUAUACUAUUCUAGAUACAAAUAGCAGCAGUGAUACAGAAGUAAUCUGUUAAGUAUUACAUCCAUUCCAAAUGAUUUCUUCAUGUUAGGUGUCCUUAAUGUAAUUCCACAGUAUUAGCACCUAGUCUCUCUCUGAUAGCUGUGAUGGAAGGACAUCUCACAUUCACAUCACACUAUCUCUCCUUCUCUCUCUCUCCCCCUCACAUUCACACUGUCGUUUUCUCUCACUCCUUCUUUCCAUCUCUCUCUCCAUCUCCCUUUCUCCCCAUCUCUCUCGCCCCCAAUCUCUCUCGCUCUCUUUCUCUCUCUCUUCACCCCCCCUCUCCCUCCUCCAUCUUUCUCCCUCUUUUUCUCUAACAGAGGGAGAAGUCCAGUACCCCAGGUAUGAAGCCAGGCACCCCCCACAGUUCCCAGGACUCCUCCACCCCCGGCCCCAGUGCCCCCCCACAGUUCCGCCCCAUCCCUGGCAAACCUGGCAUUGACCCACUGGGUAAGACCAACCACAAGACCAUCAUGAUCAUGGAUUGCAUUUACAUUGCAGUUUUCACUAGGUUUUUAAAGGGUCUUCAAUACCAGCCAUGAUAAUUUACCAGACAAUUUUAUCCGAAGCUGCCUUGAGUUUCCAUCUAUAUUCAGUAUCUGUGGUCCAUGGCAUGAAUCAAAAUGGUAAACCACGCUCCAACCAGCUGAGCUAUCCAAACUGCCCUUGAUGUGGGUUAACUGAUGCGUCUGCCUGCUGCCUGUGAGGUUGAGAGCUGUACGGGAGCCUUUAAACAGCGAGAUUAAGAGAGGUGAAGGACUGUGACUGAACUGUUUCAUAAUUACGCUGCUUCAGUCUAUUGGAAUGCAUCACUGUUCUCCCAGCAGCUCCCUCUAUGUAGUCUAGUGGUUCCACACUGCAGUGUGGCAAACCAGCCAGCAGAGUGCAGUAGUGGUCUGGUGAUGUUCUAAGAGAGCUGUGUGUUUGAUCCAAUUUGAUGUGGAACCCUGCAUAGAGGAUCAGAGCUGCCACAGGAACUCCUCUGUGUUAACUGUGUUAAACCUCUUAAACUCUGACACCCUCUGGUGGCAUUUUCUAAAUAACACAUAAUAUUGUAUACUACCCUCAUAAAGUACAUUUUGGUUUCAAAACUAUGAAUCCUACAAACAUUCUUAGUACUGUCAGAAAGUUAAGAACUGUGCGAUUCUGAUAAAGGUGUCAGAAACAAGGUGACUACAACAGAGCCCGAGAUACAGCAAGCUCCAAAAAACACAAACGCAACAUGUAAAGUGUUGGUCCCAUGUUUCAUGAGCUGAAAUAAAAAAUCCCAUACAUUUUCCAGACGCACAAAAAGCCUAUUUCUCUCAAAUUUUGUGCACAAAUUUGUUUACGUCCCUGUUAGUGAGUAUUUCUCCUUUGCCAAGAUAAUCCAUCCACCUGACAGGUGUGGCAUAUCAAGAAGCUGAUUAAACCGCAUGAUCAUUACACAGGUGCACCUUGUGCUGGGGACAAUAAAAGGCCACUCUAAAAUGUGCAGUUUUGUAACACAACACAAUGCUACAGAUGUCUCAAGUUUUGAGGGAGCGUGCAAUUGGCAUGCUGACUGCAGGAAUGCCCACCAGAGCUUUUGCCAGAGAAUUGCAUAUUCAUUUCUCUACCAUAAGCUGCUUCCAACGUUGUUUUAGAGAAUUUGGCAGUAUGUCCAACCGGCCUCACAACCACAGACCACGUGUAACCACGCCAGCCCAGGACCUCCACAUCCGGAUUCUUCACCUUCAGGUGGUGCUGAGGAAUAUUUCAGUCUGUCUUGUCUUGUGGGGAAAACUCAUUCUGAUUGGCUAGGCCUGGCUCCCCUGCCCAGUCAUGUGAAAUCCAUAGAUUAGAGCCUCAUUUAUUUAUUUCAAUUGACUGAUUUCCUUAUAUGAACUGUAACUCAGUAAAAUCUUUGAAAUUGUUGCAUUUAUAUUUUUGUUUAGUAUAGUUUUAAGGUCAUUGCAGAGGAAGGCCCUAAACAUUUUAAAAUACUCCAGCCUCCCAAGCCAUGCUGUUCUCUCUGCUACCGCACGGCAAGCGGUACCGAUGCACCAAGUCUGGAACCAACAGGACCCUGAACAGCUUCUACCCCCAAGCCAUAAGAUUGCUAAAUAGUUAACUAAAUAGCUACCCUGACUAUCUGCAUUUUGCAAACUCUUUUAACUUAUCACAUACACUGCUGCUACUGCUUAGUAUCUCUCCUGUUGCCUAGUCACUCUACCCCUCUGUAGCUCAAUUGGUAGAGCAUGGCGCUUGUAACGCCAGGGUAGUGGGUUCGAUCCCCGGGACCACCCAUACGUAAAAAUGUAUGCGCACAUGACUGUAAGUCGCUUUGGAUAAAAGUGUCUGCUAAAUGGCUUAUUAUUAUUAUUAUUAUUACAUAUUUACCUUGUAUCCCUGCACAUCGACUCGGUACUGGUACCCGUGUAAAUAGCCAAGUUAUCUUUCAUUACUCAUUGUGUAUUUAUUCCUUGUGUUUUAAUUUUUCAAUUGUAAUUAUAUUUUUCUCUGCAUUUUUCUCUAAGCAUUUCACUGUUGGUCUACACCUGUUGUUUACGAAGCAUGUGACAAAUCAUUUGAUUUUGAUAAACAUCAGCUACUGGUUGGAUUCUAACCUUCUAAGGUUAUGAACAGUGUUUUAUAAUUCACUGCUUUAUCGAUUCUCUCAAUCUUAUCUUCCCUCCCUCUCUCCCCCUUUCUCUUCUCCCCAUCAGCUCUAGGUCUGAGGAACCCUCUGGCGGUGCAGGGGGCGUACCCCCCCGGGGCAUUUGGCCUGCCCCCUCCAGGGGUGAACGGGGAACUGGCGGGGGCAGCAGCAGCCUACGGGGCUGGGCUCCACCUGGUCUCCCCCCAGAUGAACGGCUCUGCAGCCGCCGCCGUCGCAGCAGCAGCAGCCGGAUACGGACGAUCACCAGUGGUGAGAGAGUGAUGAAGGGGAGGGAAAGAGAACGAGAGGGAAGGGAAGGGGCGUGUGUGUGUGUGUGUGUGUGUGUGUGUGUGUGUAUAUAUAUAUAUAUAUAGUUGUGUGUGUGUGUAUGUGUAUAUAUAUAUAUAUAUAUAUAUAUAUAUAUAUAUAUAUAUAUAUAUAUAUAUACACACACAGUGGGGAGAACAAGUAUUUGAUACACUGCCGAUUUUGCAGGUUUUCCUACUUACAAAGCAUGUAGAGGUCUGUAAUUUUUAUCAUAGGUACACUUCAACUGUGAGAGACGGAAUCUAAAACAAAAAUCCAGAAAAUCACAUUGUAUGAUUUUUAAGUAAUUAAUUUUCAUUUUAUUGCAUUACAUAAGUAUUUGAUCACCUACCAACCAGUAAGAAUUCCGGCUCUCACAGACCUGUUAGUUUUUCUUUAAGAAGCCCUCCUGUUCUCCACUCAUUACCUGUAUUAACUGCACCUAUUUGAACUUGUUACCUGUAUAAAAGACACCUGUCCCCACACUCAAUCAAACAGACUCCAACCUCUCCACAAUGGCCAAGACCAGAGCGCCGUGUAAGGACAUCAGGGAUAAAAUUGUAGACCUGCACAAGGCUGGGAUGGGCUACAGGACAAUAGGCAAGCAGCUUGGUGAGAAGGCAACAACUGUUGGCGCAAUUAUAAAAAAAAUGGAAGAAGUUCAAGAUGACGGUCAAUCACCCUCGGUCUGGGGCUCCAUGCAAGAUCUCACCUCGUGGGGCAUCAAUGAUCAUGAGGAAGGUGAGGGAUCAGCCCAGAACUACACGGCAGGACCUGGUCAAUGACCUGAAGAGAGCUGGGACCACAGUCUCAAAGAAAACCAUUAGUAACACACUACGCCGUCAUGGAUUAAAAUCCUGCAGCGCACGCAAGGUCCCCCUGCUCAAGCCAGCGCAUGUCCAGGCCCGUCUGAAGUUUGCCAAUGACCAUCUGGAUGAUCCAGAGGAGGAAUGGGAGAAGGUCAUGUGGUCUGAUGAGACAAAAAUAGAGCUUUUUGGUCUAAACUCCACUCGCCGUGUUUGGAGGAAGAAGAAGGAUGAGUACAACCCCAAGAACACCAUCCCAACCGUGAAGCAUGGAGGUGGAAACAUCAUUCUUUGGGGAUGCUUUUCUGCAAAGGGGACAGGACGACUGCACCGUAUUGAGGGGAGGAUGGAUGGGGCCAUGUAUCGCGAGAUCUUGGCCAACAACCUCCUUCCCUCAGUAAGAGUAUUGAAGAUGGGUCGUGGCUGGGUCUUCCAGCAUGACAACGACCCGAAACACACAGCCAGGGCAACUAAGGAGUGGCUCCGUAAGAAGCAUCUCAAGGUCCUGGAGUGGCCUAGCCAGUCUCCAGACCUGAACCCAAUAGAACAUCUUUGGAGGGAGCUGAAAGUCCGUAUUGCCCAGCGACAGCCCCGAAACCUGAAGGAUCUGGAGAAGGUCUGUAUGGAGGAGUGGGCCAAAAUCCCUGCUGCAGUGUGUGCAAACCUGGUCAAGACCUACAGGAAACGUAUGAUCUCUGUAAUUGCAAACAAAGGUUUCUGUACCAAAAUUAAAUUAUGCUUUUCUGAUGUAUCAAAUACUUAUGUCAUGCAAUAAAAUGCAAAUUAAUUUCUUAAAAAUCAUACAAUGUGAUUUUCUGGAUUUUUGUUUUAGAUUCUGUCUCUCACAGUUGAAGUGUACCUAUGAUAAAAAAUUACAGACCUCUACAUGCUUUGUAAGUAGGAAAACCUGCAAAAUCGGCAGUGUAUCAAAUACUUGUUCUCCCCACUGUGUGUGUAUAUAUAUAUAUAUGUAUAUAUGUAUGUGUGUGUGUGUGUGUGUGUAUGUACAGUACCAGUCAAGAGUUUGGACACACCUACUCAUUCCAGGGUUUUUCUUUAUUUUUACUAUUUUCUACAUUGUAGAAUAAUAGUGAAGACAUCAAAACUAUGAAAUAACACAUAUGAAAUCAUGUAGUAACCAAAAAACAAAUGUGAUUCUUCAAAUAGCCAUCCUUUGCCUUGAUGACAGCUUUGCACACUCUUGGCAUUCUCUCAACCAGCUUCACCUGGAAUGCUUUUCCAACAGUCUUGAAGGAGUUCCCACAUUUUCCUUCACUCUGCCGUCGGACUCAUCCCAAACCUUCUCAAUUGGGUUGAGGUCGGGGGAUUGUGGAGGCCAGGUCAUCUGAUGCAGCACUCAUCACUCUCCUUCUUGGUAAAAUAGCCCUUAGACAGCCUGGAGGUGUGUUGGGUCAUUGUCCUGUUGAAAAACAAAUGAUAGUCCCACUAAGCCCAAACCAGAUGGGAUGGUGUAUCGCUGUAGAAUGCUGUGGUAGCCAUGCUGGUUAAGUGUGCCUUGAAUUCUAAAUAAAUCACAGACAGUGUCACCAGCAAAGCACCCCUACACCAUAACACCUCCUCCUCCAUGCUUUACGGUGGGAAGUACACAUACGGCGAUCAUCCGUUCACCCACAUCGCGUCUCACACAGACACGGCUGUUGGAACCACAAAUCUCCUAUUUGGACUCCAGACCAAAGGACACAUUUCCACCGGUCUAAUGUCCAUUGCUUGUGUUUCUUGGCCCAAGCAGGUCUUUUCUUCUUAUUGGUGUCCUUUAGUAGUGGUUUCUUUGCAGCAAUUCGACCAUGAAGGCCUGAUUCACACAGUCUCCUCUGAACAGUUGAUGUUGAGAUGUGUCUGUGACUUGAACUCUGUGAAGCAUUUAUUUGGGCUGCAAUUUCUCUUUGCUUAUUUGAGCUGUUCUUGCCAUAAUAUGGACUUGGUCUUUUACCAAAUAGGACUAUCUUCUGUAUACCCCUAGUCACAACACAACUGAUUGGCUCAAACGCAUUAAGAAGGAAAGAAAUUCCACAAAUUAACUUUUAAGAAGGCACACCUGUUAAUUGAAAUGCAUUCCAGGUGACUAGACUACCUUAUGAAGCUGGUUGAGAGAAUGCCAAGAGUGGGCAAAGGGUGGCUAUUUUUAAAGAAUCUCAUAUAAAAUAUAUAUUUGAUUUGUUUUAACACUUUUUUGGUUACUACAUGAUUCCAUAUGUGUUAUUUCAUAGUUUUGAUGUCUUCACUAUUAUUCUACAAUGUAAAAAUAAAGAAAAACCCUUGAAUGAGUAGGUGCGUCCAAACUUUUGACUGGUGGUGUAUGUGUACUUGCACAUACUGAUUUUAAACCUUUAUUGAUAAUCCAAUUGCAUGACCUCGUACACCAAUUAUAUCUCCUUAUGGAAUGUUAUAAUUCACUGUGGGAAAACAUUCUAAAUCUACUAUGUGGUUUUGAGAAGGCUUUCUGGCAGUUUGAGUUGUGACUGCUCUGUCAGAUGCCUGAGCUAACAUAUAUUCUUUGUCCCUGUCCUCUAGGUGGGCUAUGAGUCUCCUCACCCCCACAUGAGGGUCCCAGGGUUACCCGCCAGCCUGCAGUCCGCUGCCUCAGGAAAGCCGUGAGUACUGUUCUCGCUGCCUCUGCUACCACAACCUCCUAUACGGUCACCACACCCUCUUAUUCUGUGACCACAGCACAAUUACACUGUUAUAAAACAGUCUUCAUAUUCCUCUGUUGUUAUUGUAGGGUUUUAUUGUUGGAGGUUAACCUCAAGCUUCAGCCUUGUUAAAGUAACAACUGGUCUUCUCCUCCUUGCUCCCUCUGUGUACCCUCUCUCCAGUGCCUACUCUUUCCACGUGAGUGCGGAUGGCCAGAUGCAGCCGGUGCCUUUCCCUCCGGAUGCCCUGCUGGGCCCGGGCAUCCCGCGGCACGCCCGUCAGAUCCACACUCUGAACCACGGAGAGGUGGUGUGUGCCGUCACAAUCAGCACCUCCACACGCCACGUCUACACCGGCGGCAAGGGCUGUGUCAAGGUGUGGGACAUCAGCCAGCCUGGCAGCAAGAGUGCCAUGGCCCAGCUUGACUGUCUGGUGAGUGGACGGACGGACGGACACACACACACUGACACUGGUCAUAAUGGAUAGCUACAGAUGCACUGACAAAGAUCAACGAGGGGGAUGGGAGGAGCAAGAGCAAGGACGCACUCCAAACCCUGGUCACAUAGGGACAAGUUAAAAGUAUACAGAGACAGGCAGUUGUUUUUAAUGCUCUCCAGUGUCCAUAAAAAAAAUGUAUGUGCCAGGUUUUCUUGAAGGGAAAUUAUCCUGGGUUGCACUACUGAUGUGACACUCCUGAGAGGACUCAUUUUUGCUGCUGUGGAUUUUAUGUUGCCCAUUUCACACAGUCACAUGUUUCACACCAUAAUUACUGGAGUUAUUUUCUCUGUUACCCAAUCAGAAUAGGGAUAACUACAUCCGCUCCUGCAAGCUCCUCCCUGAUGGGCGGACCCUCAUCGUUGGAGGUGAGGCCAGUACGUUGUCAAUCUGGGAUUUGGCCACACCUACUCCCCGCAUCAAGGCGGAGUUGACGUCUUCUGCCCCGGCCUGCUACGCUCUGGCCAUCUCCCCCGACAACAAGGUCUGCUUCUCCUGCUGCAGCGACGGCAACAUCGUAGUCUGGGACCUGCACAACCAGACCCUGGUCAGGUAAGAGGAGGAGACUGGGAGGGUAGGGCAGGAGAGAGGGGAGGAGAGCGCAGGGUUGGAGGCUAUAGACCAUGGGUCUCCAACAGGUUGAUCGCGAGUAGCUCGCAGCCCACCAAACAAUUCUGGAAGUACAUGCAAUUUUCACGUGUUCCACCGCAAACAUUCAUUAAAAUUUUACAUUUUAGUCAUUUAGCAGACGCUCUUAUCCAGAGCGACUUAAAUGAGCAAUUAGGGUUAAGUGCCUUGCUUUAGGGCACAUCGACAGAUUUCUCACCUAGUCGGCUCGGGGAUUAGUAUCAGACACCGCAAGCUCCCAGCUACUAUCUAAUCAACAUUGAUAUUAUCCCAUCCCUGGUUAGUCACUAUUGGCUUAAAAAGCCAAACCUAACACAGUAUCUGCCAAUUAAUUUCCAGCAAUACUGCCCGUCUGUGUGUUGCGUGCGUUUGUCUAUCACUCCGUGUGUAGCCAGUUGUGAUAAUUGUCUUGUGGGUUGACAGAAAUACUUUCCCCAAAACCUUCUCAAUUAAAUGUUAACAGCGAAGUAGUAAGUAUAUCAUGAGUAAGUAUUGUAGAUCAUUUGUAUCUAUUAUUUGUUAAUUGCAAACUUUGCAAUGAAAUGAGCAGCAGAAGUACAGAACCAUCGCUAGAUCGGCACAUUAGACAGCACAUUCCUCACUCCCUAGAUGCGCAAUUAAAGGGCCAGAUGCACAAUUAAAGGGGAAUUAAACAAAAAAAUCUAAAUGUGUUUCUUCAGACCUAAACAAAAAUGUAUUCGGAUGUGAUUUAAGCAUUGCCAUGGACUCAGAACAUCCACAUUCAUUGUUUCUCUAUGGACAAUUGUAAUUUUGAGAGUGAAAAACAAAUCUAAAACCAGGAAAAAUAAAACAGAGAAAAUAUAAUUUGGGAAAAUAUAAAACGUAAUUUUGGCCCACCUUAGUUUAUUAACCCCCUCGGAAAUCUAAUUAGCAUAAUACCAAAAUCUGUCAGUUUAACCAUUAUUAUACCAGGUAUAUUGGCAGAAAACAUAGUGCACGACUUUCUCUUGUACACUAAGGACCUAGGGGAGAAGAAUGUGCCUAUGAAAGUUAGAAAAAAAUGAGUAGCUCACAACGUUACAUUUUCGGAAGUAUCGCUCAUGCUAGAAAAGGUUAGAGACCCGUGCUAUAGACUAUGGAUUACAUCUGAAUGGCUGGGGGUUGAUGUUGUUGAUUGUUCUGCUCCUCAGGCAGUUCCAGGGCCACACUGACGGGGCCAGCUGUAUUGACAUCUCCAACGAUGGGACCAAACUGUGGACGGGGGGGCUGGACAACACAGUACGCUGCUGGGACCUGAGAGAGGGACGACAGCUGCAGCAGCACGACUUCACCUCACAGGUACUGACACCAAAUGAGACAUUGUGAGACUAGAUCAGGGCCCAUGUCCACAAUGUUUCUCAGAGUAGAACGUUUGUGCAGAGAGAAUAGAGCCAUUCUAUUCAUACUCUUAUGGGUAAAAAUAAAAGCUAUGCAUGAAGCCUAGCGGUUAGAGCGUUAGGCCUGUAACUGAAAGGUUGCCAGUUCGAAUCCCCGAGCCGAUAAGGUGAAGAAUCUGUCGUUCUGACCUUGAGCAAGGCCGUUAACCCCCUACAACAACAACAACAGCUCCCCGGGUGCCCAAAGUGGCAGCCCCACGCACCUCUGGAAUGUAAUAAAAGUCCCACCUAGUCUACAAAUAUUUAGGGGACCUCAUGAGCUGUCCUAACCAGUUAAGACUUACCAGCAGGUGUCUUGAUAAUAGAAAAAGGCAGUGGUUCCUGCGCCAGUUGCAAUUGCUUUGGAAUUAAAUGAUCAACCAUAAAUAAUAUAGACCUACAUGCAACAGUAGGCCUAUCUCUUGCGCUUUUGACAAUUAAUUCACGAGGCCUAUUUCACAUAUGCCUAAAUACUUAUAACCAUAAGUCUUUCUUUCAUCAUGUUAUAUACAUCAUGUUAUUUCAAGUUAUCCCUUUGGAAAGCAAUUUCACGUUGUUAAAAAAAAUAUGCCUAAAUUGGGAAUAUGCCUAUAAAUUGGUCAAUUGAAGCCACCUAGGGCCUAUGUUGACCAUUGCAACAGUCACAUUCACGUGGUUGUCUGAAACGUGCUUUAGAGUUCACAACCUGCGAUGCCUCAUCGUGAUUGGUUAAAUCCCCAUUUGCAACAUUGUCAUUGAGCGUGAUUACCAGCUGAGAAACUUUUAUGUUUAGAUUUCACUCCUGGCUCCUGGAGUUUGUCUGAGCAGUGUCUUAACAUCAUCCUAAAACCUACUCUGAGCUGGGAGUGUUUUUAGUCUUAAAACAACAGGUUUUAACAGGAUUCCUAGGACUUUCUCUGAGACGCUUUGUGGAACCAUUUACAUUUGAGUCAUUUAGCAGACGCUCUUAUCCAGAGCGACUUACAGGAGCAAUUAGGGUUAAGUGCCUUGCUCAAGGGCACAUCGACAGAUUUUUCACCUAGUCGGCUCAGGGAUUAGAACCAGCGACCUUUCGGUUACUGGCACAACGCUCUUAACCACUAAGCUACCUGCCGCCCCAGUACUGUAUUUCACUGGUUAAUAUAUAAGACCUGUCAUUCCUCUCUGUAUCACUUCACACAUGAUGCUGAUCUUUGUCAGAUGAGCUCUGUUCCGUUGUGUAAUCUCUCUUUAUUACGUUCCUUCCCUCCCUCCAGAUCUUCUCUCUGGGCUACUGUCCUACAGGAGAGUGGCUGGCAGUGGGUAUGGAGAGCAGUAAUGUAGAAGUGCUGCACGUCUCCAAACCAGACAAGUACCAGCUGCACCUCCACGAGAGCUGUGUGCUCUCACUCAAGUUCGCCUACUGUGGUACGCACCACACUGCUAAUUGUUCCAUUCGAAUGUUUUCUUGCGUAAUCUUAAGGACAAAACUAUCCUGAAAUGACUCUGAGGCUCACACAGCACAGUCCCUUUCUCUUUCUCCCAGUAUGCGACCAACUAGCAAUCCCGCUUUGUCAUGCUAUGUCUCCUCUUCCCAGAGUUUUCAUCUCCCUUUGUGUGUGUCUUUGGUUCUGCAGGUAAAUGGUUUGUGAGCACAGGCAAAGAUAACCUCCUGAACGCAUGGCGGACACCCUAUGGAUCAAGCAUAUUCCAGGUAGGUCUGGGAUUUUAUAUACUCUUAGCAUUUCUCUAGAGCAAGUGUAUUUCAAGUGCAUUUGUUGUUAUUUAAGCCAUUUAUACUAUUUGUCUUUAGCUCAGUAUUUACUGUAUCAGGAUUAUAUAAAUCACUUUUUUGUUUUGAAAAAUUGUAAUGUAAGUGCAAAACAGUAUCUCUGUCAGUGUAUCACAUGGUCAGUGUGUGUCACAUGGUCAGUGUGUGUAACUGGACUCCUUUCUUUUUGUUUCUCAAGUCAAAGGAGUCGUCUUCGGUGCUCAGCUGUGACAUCUCCCCCGAUGACCAGUUCAUUGUGACGGGCUCAGGUGACAAGAAGGCCACUGUGUACGAAGUCAUCUACUGAGGAAGGAGCGCUCUGAUUGGAUAAAGUGGGGGCGAGGCUCCCCUGGUGCACCCAAGGACUGUAGAGAGAGUGGCGGGCGUCGUGGAGACCAGAGACACACAUUGUACUUUGUUGUUUUGUUUACGUUUGUAAAGGAUGCAGAUGAGGGCGAAGUCGGAUCUCUGGAACUUUGACCUUUUAAAAAAAUGCUCUGAGAAAAAGCUGGUAGUCUAGCGACACAAUGUGGGAUUCUUCCAAAGACCUGUUUUUUUUCUGUUGUUUUGUUACCUUUUUUUCCUGUUUUUAACAAAAUGAAACCUCUGUAGUAAACAAAAAAUUAGCAAAAAGAAAAACCUUAUUUUGUUUAGCCUUUGAAUUCUUGACGAGUAGUAGGACCAUGGUGUGUGUGCGCCGAGGGAGAUAAGGGGGUUGUGAGGG